GUUGUUUGAUGGUUGUUUGUUACUGCUGUUUACUGAUGUAAAGUUAGCGCCCUCUCUGCAUAUUAUUGUCAUUUUUCAUCAUGCGCCGCCAAACACAAAAAUAAGAUGGAAGGGAGUUCGAGCGAGUUCAGUCAUUCAGAGGUUUUAUUUACGAAAGAGAAUGGCGCACCACUGAACUUUUAUAUGAGGCCAUGUGAGCAAAGAGUUGAGCUAAGACGCUUGAUAGAGUAUGGUGGUGGAGCUGUAACUUCCAAAAUUCAACCGGACACCAUCAGGUUAUACUUAACUACAGAUAUUUGCUUUAGUGAUGAAUGCUACGACUCAAGAUACAUUAGAGAUUGUAUCAAACAGGGAUGUCUAUUGGAUUUGAAGGACUAUAAGUAA